CGAGACGGAAAACUCCAUUUCUCUGGUCACGAAAAUCCCGGUGAAGAGGUACAAUCCGAAGGGGUUCGCGAACAAGGGUUUAAUGAAGAUUCAUGACUGCUUGCUGAAGAAAAUGCGAGAAUUGGAGAUGGAAAAUAAGCUGCACGACAAUGUGGCCGCGGGAGGUAGUAGUAGUUUGGACGACAAUGUUGCGCCGGAACAAGGGGCAACGGAAAAUUUUGAACUUGGCGGAACAUCGAACUUUCGAAAGGCUUCUUCAGGUUACAACCAGUUCCAGAAUUAUCCGGCAUACAAUCACCAUCCGGCUGCAAAUAAAGCCUUCUCUUUGACUGGUCCGCCACAUCAAGGAAGUUAUUCUAACAAGAACCCGGGUACUACUACAGCUACAAGUACAACUUCUAGUACAGCGGCCGCAAAUUCUACUAACGUUGAGGCUUAUCAAAAAAUGGACCCGGAAUGCAAGCAGCACAUGGAGGUUCGCAUUGAGUUGGUGGAAUUAACCAGUAUCAAAUGCAAAAAUGUCUGGGUCUGGAAACUUGUAAUGCUGGGUGGCGUAUCAUGAGAGAGGAGUCCAGAAGUGCUGGCUCAGCACGACAAGUUUCUGAGCUUCUAGGUAUUGCCUAUUCUGCAUGACAAACUGCGUUUCUGCAUGACAGAAUGAAAAGUGGGGCUCUUGGGUAAAAUGUGCAUGACAAAUUCAAGAGUCAUGUGAGACAAGCAUGACAAACUUGCAUUCUUCCAGACCCAGACUACAUUUUUGCACUUGAUAACCAGUUUCUUGAGGCAAAUCCAGAACACGAAAGCGGGGGGAGGAAGUAACAGUAAGUCAAAAGCAGCUGGUAAAAUGAAUCUUUUUUCCAGAGCAAGCAGUACGACUUCUAGCGGAGUGGACGAGGACCAGGAGGACCAACAUCUAACGACCACAUUAGAACAAGCCGACACUGGAGCAGCUACAGGGGUGAAACAAGCCUCGCCCGAUGCAACUGUUGGUGAAGAGAAAACUGCGACCGCUGGUCCGGCCAUGUCGGCUGGAGGUAGUGCAGAAACAGAUAAAGCAGACCUGAAUGUAGAACCCGACACGAAAACGGCAACUACCGGUGAGGAACGGGAGCCAGAAACUUCCUCCUCGAAGCUAACCGAAGUGGAACAAAAAUCUUCCCAAAAAAAUCAGAUCGGAGAGGAAGAAGCAGCUGCAGCGGAAGCAGCUCUCCAAGCCAAGGCGCUCGCGAAGGCUGCGCGAGAUCGGAAGAAACGGGCUUUGGCUUUCCUGGGCAUGGCGAUUGACGAUGACAUGACCCCUCUGGACCAGAACGAGCCGAACGCGAUCCUUCCUACGGCUGCUGUGUUCACGGUGAGUUGUAGUGCGAAGAUAUGAAAGUGCACAAUUCCCCCUCCCCCUCAUUUGUAUUGCAUGAGCAGCAAUACAAACACCAGCACAAAUGGAGCCUGUGCGUGACAAAUUUAUGUGCCUAGUGUAGUACUGUUUGUGCUUUCGGAAUUUGUCAUGUAAACAGUGCCACAAGGCAGCGACUGGAUUUGGGAUUUUGCAUUACAAAUGAGGGGGAGGGGGAGUUGUGCACUUUCAUAGAAGAGCGAGCUGAACCAACCCACGCCGGAUCUGGACAACAAAGAAGCCGCCGACGAGAUGAAGCAGCAGGACCUGGGUGUAGCUGAUCGUCCAGCUGCAGAUGAGGAAACUGAAGACGAUAUUACAGCUGCACAGCUGCAAGAGGUUGAAAUUCUAGCCGGUGAAAAGAAGAACAACACCACCACAACUUCUGCAGAAGACAAGAAAGUUGUGAAGAAGAAGCUGCGAGGACGUACAGCUAGUAGCAAAAUCCGUUCGUUUUCCUGUCCGGCCCGUCCCGCGACUUUUUACUCGGAAUCGAACAACGAGGUUCUACUGCCGCUUACCGACCAUUUUAGUGAGGAGAUCAAUUUUUUGAACAAAUUAGACCCGAUCGAACGGACGGAGGAGGACUUGUUUGGAGCAAUUGUGGAGGAUUACUUUGAAAAUUUGGAUUACGACUACUACGAUAAUUACGGCUACACCAAUACUUACGGGUACUAUGCCUCCUCUGGAGGAGGUCCUUCGUAUCAUGGCGCAGGAGGGUUGUAUCAUGGCUCAUCUUCUGACUACAACAGCGGCACUACUGCAGUUGCCUCCGGCUCUACUGCCUUUGUUGAUCCUGCUGCGACGGGCCGGCAUUUGCAGCAAUGCUACGGUGCUGGCCGUGGUCCACUAUGCUGUGCAAAAACAUCGUACUAAGGUAGGAAUCGCAUUGCAAAUUAGCUCAGCGUGAGAAGAAAUGGAAUUUGUAAUUUGGAUGGACCUUAACCUUAAGAAGGAGAUGCUGCAUGAGAAUGCGAUAACUACGAAUAGGAGGUACGACACUUUUGCAAUGCAUAUCCGCCGGCUGUCGACAAUUACCGGAUCCAGCGGGUUGAUCAUGACGUGGUUUCUGUUUCCGGGAAAAAUAGCGAAGCAGGCAACACUAGCGGUGUACUAUUGCAACGACCAGGAGCUGGAGCCGUACCAGCACAAGGUGAAGCGAGAUCUACCGGGGAAGUCGAACGGGUUGCACUCUGCUCUGGUGGAGGUGCCACGACUUCAGCUGCAGCAGAUCAGGCUAUAAUUUUGGGCAAAGCAGCAGGGGGAUCUUCUUCAUGCGAGAGCGAGGCUGAGGUGAAAAAUGCUAAGACGGUGACUGGCACUACCGAGAGCAGAACCAGCACGGAAGAGUCGCGUAGAGCAGGAGGAGAUCUUACUUUGGAAGUAGACAAUAACCGCCCCGCAACGGGUCUAGUCCAAGAUGAUGUAGGUACUGGCAGCGGCAACGCGACUGGUCCUUCUUCUCUCCCAGCCGCGGGCAGCACCGCUGCAUCGGGCUUAAGCACUAGUACCAGUAUCAUCUCCAGUGUGAUAUCCACCACGGUGCAGAAAUGCCGACAAAUUUUAGAGGAGACCACGGGCUUGAGUACUGCGACGGCAGAGAACUGCGCACUACGAGCGCCACCGUUGGAGACGUCGACAGAGGAGGGUCGUCGCGGUGGUGCAACAACUGAGGUGGAUGCAGCUGCAGUUAACCAGGAUCAUAAUUCCGCUGCUCCUUCGUCAAAAUCCUAUGCUGCUAAAGAAUCUUCUGCUGGCUGCGCUCCUGAAGCAUCCGCCGCCCUGGCGGGUGGAAAUAAACAAGACACGGAUAAGAAACAACCGUCCUUAUUGCCUCUAGGCAGUGUGAGUCUUACCGCGGGCAGCUGUUCAUCAGGAACUACAGCCGGCGCUGACGAUGGUGCAGAGGAAGAAGCUGUUUCGUCCGGUCUGCAUGUACUUCCCGCCCACAGCAACGACCCGCAUCACAACAGUAGUUCUUCCCGUUUUUACAGCGCCGACGACGUGCUGUUGUCUCAGCACACGGGUGGUGGACCAGGAGCUAGUACUUCGUCGAAUAACGAUUACUACACGUCUAGGGAAGUGUCAGAAUCGAAAUUAACGAAAUCGAAAAACUUGUAAUGCAUGAAAUGCAUGACGCGAAAUACGUGUGUUGCAGAGCAGGCAAGUGAGGCCGAGUGUAAGCCUGUUUGGGGUUAUAGCUCGAGCUGCUUUAGAGAAUCAGUCUUCUUUACCUAAGCAGCGUUACAAACUGGAUUUAGGCACCGCCAGAAUUUGUCAUGCGCUACUUAGAAACUGGGCUCGAACUGGAAUCCAUUUUAUGCAUGACAAGUCAUUUCGAUUUUGUCAAUUUCGAUUCUGACACUUCCAUAACGUCGUCGACGACCCAGUUCUCGCACAACCGUUUUAAUUCCUACGAUUUGAUCGCCGACAAUUCGACUUUCAACAGCCGGCCCUUUCUGCUGUUCCCGACCAAGCACUUCCAAACCGACGUGGACUUCGUCAAGUGGGCGAUUGGCAGCAUGGAAAAGACGAACACGAUAUCACAGGAACAAGUGUUAGCGUUAACGGAAUUUGUGAUGCGACAUUGCAUUUGCAUCACAAAACGCGCCAGAAUUUGUCAUGCAUAGCAUGCAUAUUGGGCUACAUGAUUAACAUUUGUCAUGCAUGACUGUAAUCUUUGAAAACCGUUAACGCUAACACUUUUUCUUGUGAUACACGAUCCUGGUGAACGAAGUGUUUCAAGAUGUGGAGGAGCCACGGUAUUUCUAUUCCCUGAAAAUUAACCAUUCCCAUCCAAUUUGUCAUGCAAAACAUGUAGUAAAGUGAAAGUCUGUGCUCCUUGUCAUGCAAAAAGUGGAUGGGGAUGGUUAAUUUUCAGGGAAUAACUUCCCUGGAGAGGUCUACGCGAAUUCGGUGUUGCAGGCCUGCGGGUACUGGAACUUCGGAAGCAGUACGAGCGGGGGUGCGCUGAACGUUGCGGGACUCCCAGGCGGAGGUUCAUCCUGCCAGCACCACCGCGACAGUUUUUACUACAGUUCCUCCAACGGCUACAACAGCUACUACGGGACAAACUCGUACUACGGAACCACGACCGGCGGCACACUGUUUGCAGGCGUCGAACCGACGACGCCGAAGAUUUACGCGGACCAAAACGCGUGGAACAUUGACCACGGGAAGCGGCUAUCAACUGCAAAAAUGUCUGGGUCUGGAAGGUUACAACUUGUGAUGCUGUCUGUGGAUUCUAAAAAAAUAAAAAUUUGUAUUGCAUGACCAGCAAGAGGGGUCGGGUUUGUCCUACGCGGAGAGGGCAUUUCUCAUGCGGUAGAGGUAUCACAAAGCCCUCUAAAAAUCUGUGAUGCUACGGCAUGCAUCACAGACAUCAUAGCUUAUGGAAAAUAUGCAUGACAAAUCUAGAAAUCUUCCAGACCCAGACAUUUUUGCAGUUGAUAGCGGCCGGUGAGUGAAAAGGAGCGGGAAGACAUUCUGCAGCGGUACAACGUGAAUCCGCCCCCCGCUGCGAAACCCGUGCCGCAGCCGGGGGAGAUGAAGAAUGGCGGGAACAGUAAGGGGGGUGGAGGUGGUAACACGUUUUACACCAGUCACAACGCACAAUACAACUACCCACCGCCGCCGAAAAUAAAUGUGAGUGGACAAGCUACUACCGGUACACAACAGCACGCGAUGAUGAAAAUUAAUGCGAGUUGUUCAGGUGGAGUUAAUCUUAAUGGCGCGUAUAACAGCAGCAGCAACAGCAGUAGUUUUGGAGUUGCCUCGACAUCAGCACGGUCUUUCAGUAUGUCGGGCCCGUCCUCUAGUACAACUGCAGCUGUUAUGGGAGCUGCCGGGGGGAGGAGCUGUGACAACACCGGGGCAGGAGGAGCUGGUCUUGCGGCGUCGACCGGAGGUGCCACCUCCUCGGCGUCUUACAGCAAUCAAAACACGUCCUCGGCUGGUGUCCCGCGACCAGCUUUGGGCGCUGGUACAGGCGUGUUUAACACCAGCAACUCAGACGCCACCUCUUCCUCCGCGCAGUCGUUUUACGCCGGCAACGGAGGUGGUCUUGCUUCCACGUAUGGAGCUGAGGCUAGGGGAUCUUCGUACCACAAUGGAGGGGGUGGACCACCGAUGCCAAACAGAUCAACUACCAUGGGUUCUUACGAUUCAUCUUAUGCCAGCAGAAAUAAUUCUUUCGGGCAACAAGCGCACUGCUCAUUUUCCGGCACGGGGGCUCCUGCAGCUGGCAACACCAAUAGUUAUUUCAACUCCUCUUCAACAAAUUACAGCAGCGAAGGCGGAUUUGCUUCUUCGGCCGCUGGUGGUUCGUGUUACGACAGUGGGUCAUCUUCUACUUUUGGGGGGCCUUCCGCGUAUCAGAACAUCAAUACGGGAGCUGCAUCAACGACCAACAACGCUGGAGCUGGCGCUCCUGGCGCUUCUUUCUACAACACUAGCAGUUACAACAACUACACAGCUGCUCCGGACGGGGGGUCGUCCUCUUGCUACAACCACUCAAGCAACGGGGGGUCUACAAGUCGAAACUUCAACAGCGGACCGGCGCGGCAUGAGCACGACCAGGGUGGUCUUGGUAGCUCUUCUUUUUUUCGUGGGAACAACUCUAACUACGACAGCAGUUUUGGUUGUAACGCUGGCGCUCCUGCUGGAAUGAUCCGGAGCGCCGGAAUGAACACGGGCUGCACAAUCUCGGGAUACAGUUACAUCCCGGGACCUUCAUGCACGGCGGGAGCGUCCUAUCAGACAGGUCACCACUAUCAAGCAAACAACAAUAGUUCGUAUCAUCAAGUAGAACAUGACGAGUUUCAGCAACACAGCUACCAGCAGCAACAAGUUCAAGGCUCUGCUACCGGUACCGGUGGGAACACACAUUUUCAUCACAAUGCAGCGAACAAUAAUUCUGCAGCCGAAGGAGGUGUCUGCGGCGCCGCUGGGUCUACUUCCGCGCAGUCAGGAGGUGGGAGUAGUGCCGCUACCUCUUUCCGCCUGAGUAACAUGGCGAACACAAAUGCCGGUGCGGUUUCUACGUCCGGCAGCUACGGCAACAACCAAUACAGUAGACCACCUUGUUACAACGACUACAACACAGGCUACAGUAAUCCGUAUCAAGGAGCACAGUCACAGGCGCAAGGAGCGACAUCAUCUGUCUUGAACACACCUUCCGCGUCAGCGUCACAUUCCCAACGGACAGCUGCUGCGCCCCUGCGUGGCGGCAGCUUCAAUUACACCACUGCAGCUCCUACUUCACACCAAAAUUAUAAAUUAAAUCUAAUGAAUAUGAAUUCUAAAACCUGUACAACGACGCCGGCCCACCAGCACCAGGCAGCGGGCGUUCUUACGGGUAUAAUUGUUUUUUCAUGCAUACAUAGAAUUUUCACACGACACAGCGUUGUGAAACGCGUUCGAUGUACGAAUGAAUUCUCUGUCUCGCACAUCACCAGUGCUACAAUCAGUACGAGCCAGAAACAACUUACACACAAGAUGAAGAUCACGCGAGAAUUCAAAAGGAAUACUACAGGUCAGGGCUACAACAUCCCUCCGCCCCCGGUGCGCAACCGUUACACCAACCCAAACUCCUAUAACAUUCCUCCGCCCGCGGUUCCCGCGCCGGGGCACCACGUAAUUAAUCACACAACUUCUUCAACCCCGGGGGCAUUGACCAUCCCGCCCCGACCACCGCAGCAAAAUAUGAAUAACCGGCCACACGACCCCCACGGUUUGUUGCAGAUUCCUUACACCGGCCCGGACGACUUUGAUUCGCCGGUGAGUAUGCUCCUGGACAACCUGGACAAGGACUCAACCACGAAGUCCGCUACGGAACGGAAGUUGAACGCCUUGGCUCUUCUUGGAGGUUGUACCAGUUCUACGAGGAACGAUGUUGGCGGGGGUGAUCAUACUACCACGUUCGGCAAGGAAGGAAUAAACAAGACUGAUUCGGCAGGAGCGGCGAAGGAGAAGGACGAGCAGUCCACGGUUGUCGUACCACCCCCAAGGAGCAGUCGUGUUCCGCCACCGCCUCCCAACUUGCUCGGUCCAAGCCCAAGCUUGGUUGCGGCGGAAACAAGUGGAAACAAAGGAACAGCGAAUGAUGUACUGCUAGCAGGAACCAGCAAGAAGCCACAACUACAACAAGGUGAUCAUGCUAGUCGUGCAAGAACCAGUGCUGCGCCUGUGUCGGCAGCAGCACCAGUAUCGAACAUCAAAGCCGCAACUUCUAAGGUACCACACCCCCCCGCGCCGGUGCUUCCCACUUCUGGCGCUUCUGUCAUAACAAGGCAAGUGAGCGGAAGCAGUGCCGGGUCCGCGAUCUCCGUGGCGGGAAACAAGAACGUUGGUGCAGCUCGCGGCAACGAUCAUGGUGCAGCUCCUGGACCUGCGAUGAAAAUGAUGAACAAAAGUUCUGUGGGACCUACGAUGGUCCCGCCUCCCGCGGCAGAAAGUGUAGUAGUUAGCAAGGGAACUACUACAGCAGCCGGUGUGAAUCCAUUAUUGAGUACGACGAGCACAACUACGCAACAGAAGCAUCAGACUGGUGCAACUCCUGGAACGACCGCAGCUCUAAAUACCAACCUGAUGAACUUGAUCAACCAGCCGAGUUGUGCAACCACCUCUUCUACGUCUACCGGAGUGGCUCCUCGUGCAGCUGGUGGUAUUUCUUUCAACAACACGAUUCUAGCCACCCCGGUGCUGCAAGAUAAGUGCAGUACGACUGGAUCGACCAACACGCCGUCGACUGCCGAACUGCAAAUGAACUACUACAGCAAUACUGGGACGACAUCGACAGAUAGUUACCAAUAUGCUCCUCAACAUCAAUACCAGCAGCCGUCGUAUCCUGGAGGACAUACGACCUCCGGAGGUGUCUAUAAUCCCAGCUCUGGUGGGCACUAUCAAGGACAGCAAGAACAGCAAAUGCGCAACAAGGAAAAUCAGCACCUCGCCGGUGUUGGGUCAGCGUAUCUUGAGGAACCCAAUGGAAUCAGCAUGAACGCAUACGGAGGACCUUCCGCAUAUGCUAACGAGCACAAUAGUACAGCUUCCUUAGGUGAUGCUGCGUACGCAUCGUACGCCUAUGCUUCUAGUAUUAAUCAGUAUCAGAACCACCAGCAACACUAUCCCGGGUCAUCAACAGCCGCGCAUUACAACAACGGCCUGAACUGCGGUGGCGGACUUAUUUCUGGCCGCUCGAUUACAGUUGAAGAGAACCAACAGCAGCACCACAAUAGUUUCAGUGGCUAUGGAAAUUCGAGCAGUUUUGCUCCUACAUCAUCCAGUAUUCAUUGUAGCAGCGGCAAUGCAGAAGGAGAGUCGACUUUCAACUUGGGCUCCUCGGAAAUAAAUGCAGUAACAAAUAAUCAGCAUUCGGCUACUGGUCCAGGCUCGUCUAUCCACUUUGCGCCACUGAGUACUGCCACUGGGGUGCAUCAAGGUGGAGCUUCUCUGCACCAGAUGGACAACAGCCUGAUGAUGCAGAAUGAGCAACAUCACCAGGGCCUGCAAGCCGCAUCAGCCGUGAUGGAUCCGCAGUUGCAGUACGGGGAGAACACUAUGGACGAGGACGCCGCCGAUAUCAACGCCAUGUUCGGAGGCUCCUCAACUGCAGCUGGAUCAGCGACCUCCAGUCUUUUCCAAGUAGACAAUAACCCCGGGUCAUUCGGUACUGGUGUGGGUGGUGCGCACCAGGGUGGCGGAAUCAACUCUGGAGGUGCAGGGGUGACUAGUUACUAUUGAUUAUUUAGAGUGAGGGCGAGUGACGUCGUGGUGCCAAGGAGGCGCGCGAGUUUACGUAUAAUCGCCACGAAAGAGAGAGAUCUCUCGUAUAACGCCGGGUCUCUGAGUUUAGCUCUCGGCUUUUUUGUUUUGUUUUUGAUGACUGCCUACUUGUUUCGCUCUAGGUUUUUGUUUCUCCUACGUAGAUAAUCGAGGUUUUCGACCCAAAUUUGAUGGAUUGCACUGAAAUCCGGACGCUUUUUUGAGGAUAUUUCAGCUUCUGCAACUUGUAUAUGACCUGUGGCAACACGGGACGGCUUGCCAAGGUCAUCUACAACCCGCUUCUUAUCCUUGCCUAAAUAAAACCUGAUGAGUUUCUGAAAAUAUUAUAUAUGUCUUUUUCUAUCAAGUUUGUUUGUAAAGGGAGGCUGUCACAGUUACUAUCACAAAGUUCUUUGCAAUUUCAAUACUGAAUUUGAUUUUGUUAUUCCUACUGCAUGGAAUAUGGCAUAGACUCGACGAGAUGAGCUUCUUUUUACUUUCUUUAUAGUUCAUCGUUUCUCCUAGGAAAAAAUUUUGAACAGCCCCGCAUUUUGGAAUCUAAAAAUAUCACAACCUGCUUACUCGUCACAUGAUUUUCGUUUCUUUCAGUUUCAUUCGAAUUUUUCAACGGUCUAAUGCAUGAGAUUCAGAUAUCCUGAGUAAAAACGUACCCACACCAGAGUCAGGAUGGGGAUUUUGCAACACAAACCUAGGAGUUUUGUGAGUCACGCAUGACAAGUUUCAGUCCGUAAGGUAGUGCAAGGUAGCAAGGAAAGCCGCAUCACAAAUCGAUCUGCUAAUCCUGUUUACAGCAUUACAAGUUCCCAAACACGAUUGAAAAUGCCUGUCAUGGGGUUGCGCAUCACAAAUGUUCCUGUCAUGGCAAAGUCGCAUGACAACUCUGGUGUGGGUACGUUUUUACUCAGGAUAUCAGAUUGAUCUUGAACUUGAUGAGUAGACCUAAACUCUAUAUACUUCUCAGACGGUUACAGUUACUUCAGGUUUUUUUCCAAACAAUUUCAAUUUCUUUUUCUACUAGCUUUAUCGCGGCUCGUUCUUUUUGUCAAGUAUGGCUCCUCAGCUCUUUUCCAAAUUGACGAUAUUCUACGGAACAGGUUUUCGUAAUAUGCACAGUGAGAUGAAAUCUUUAUCUUGGCUCGACUUUUCGCCCUUUAUUUCUUGUAGUUUUAAUAUCCAAAAAAAUAUCGCCUACAAUUGAUUUACGUAUGAUAUUCUCCAUCUCCCUUGUGUUGCACUUCUCUUGCUUGAUAUCAAUGCUGAUACAACAGGGAGCAAAAUCGCUCCAGUGCUGUUCUUUAUUUCGUUUUUUGCUGUGUUAAAUGGAAAAAUGAGAUGGGGUAUGAUUCGGCUACAGAAUUUGAAUUUCUCUAAACUUCUGCUGUAUUUCCCCUAUUCGUAUGGUUUUAGUCCGGUUGCAGUCUUUAUCUUUCGGCCUAGCUUAUUUGGGUAAGAAAAUUUUCUUCGGGACGUGCAGAGUCAUUUGGUUUCUUUUUCGGAGAUCUUUACUACGAUUUCUUCUUACAACUACUUGCGUUUCCACUAAAGCUAUCACAUCUACAACUCUUCUGAUUUCUUCGAUUUUUCCAAGCAGAAGAAUGAACAGGGUAAUUUUGACAACAAAUAUCAAUUUUUAUUUUAUGCAUUUGCCUACACUGCAUUACAGCAGAAUGGCUCGACCUGUGUGUGGCUUUUUUCACCAUGUUGUCGGUUCCUCGUACAACAAGCACUAGUGUGUUAUUUUUACAAACGCCUUUUGUACUCCGCGCGAUUCGGUUGGGCACAAGUUUCAGUGAGGCUUGCAUUUUUAUCGUGCAUCUCUAUCUCGGUGGCAAUACAAUUCUUCUGUUACCCUUCCUCCGCUUGAUUCGGUUCGUGCGCGGCAGAAGUUGUCCGACAAAAAAA